AUGCUGUGUGCACGGAGAAGAAGCGUUGCUAUUGGUCUUUCUCCCGCCGUGGUGCCCGCUCGGCGGUGUCUUUCGCAGACGAGGGCCCUGUUGGCCCGGACGAAGUUCACGAAGUUGAAGCAGAAGGUGCCACCGGCUCCACGGGCAAACGUGCGGCUGCCCACGCAGCAGACGGCGCACUCGAACAAGCUACGGAUCACGCAGCCGAUUGAACCCUCGAAGGGGAACUUGAACACGUCGUUGGACCACCCGCUGUGGCAGUUCUUCCACGAGGGUCAGUUCAUCCGGGACGCCGCGCAGCUGGACACGCGGUCCCGCAGCUGGAGCAUCCCAGAGCUACGUAGGAAGUCCUUCGAGGACCUGCAUGCGCUCUGGUACGCGUGUCUCCGCGAGCGCAACGUGCUCGUGCGCGAGAUCCACCUCAUACGGACAGCGCUCAGGACGGAGGUCGAUGCGUUCACGGACGUCGACGAGCGCAUUAGAACGACCAUGUGGCGCAUCAGGCAUGUGCUCAGUGAGCGCGAUGUCGCCUUCAGGCGUGCCCAGGAGACUACUCUUGCCUCGGGGGGCCAGGAGGGACGCAAGUUCGCGGAACAGUUCGCAGAGAGGUUCGUCAACGACACAGAAACCCCCGAGGAGGAGCUCUGGGAGAAACUGCAACGGUUCCAGCUUGCAGUAUUUGGUAUCAGCGAGAUUAUAGAGGAUAACCGCAUUGACAGACCGUUCAUCGACGGGAUCAAGUUCGUCGCAAACCUCAAGAUGCGCAGGUUCGCCAAGGAGGACCCAACACUAGAGGGUCACCCACCGAUCACCGAUGUGGGCGAGGCGUUCGUUCUCUUCACAAGCGAGAACGACCUCAAGUCGACACGCGAGGCCUACGAGGUUGUCAAGGAGCUCAGAGAACAGGGGAAAUCCGUGCCUCGCCUUCAGGAGGUGCAAACGGUCACAAGGUACAUCGAACAACUAGCAGGAGUGGACAAUUGA